UCGGGCAAGUUCAAUCAUCAGUUGUGUUGACGAUUUGUUGUGAGUAGGACCGUAAGACCUCGUCCGUGCGUUGUGAAGAAGGUUUGCUGUCUCCAUCUAGCCGGCCUCCCUAGCCGAUUUGGUCCAUAUAUUCCGCGAUUAUUCCGUGGAACUGUCUUAUGUUUGAUCUAUGGUUUGGCACACGGAUUGCUCCUAGUGCUUCCUAGCGCUUGGGCCGAACCCCGGGCUUUUCUCAUUUCGCCUUACCUUUCGGAGAAGUGGUCGAGGUUAUUUCUUGACAUCCCGUUAUCUGACAGUCAUGGUUCACUUGGAUGUGAAGUGGAACACUUGGCAAUUUCAGUGGACUGGCCUAUUCAUAGUUGUGAUACUCGUGUCAACUGGAACCAGCUCCAGUGUUAAUGACUGUCGCGGCAUUCAACUUGCCUACCAACAGAGGGACCUACAUUUUGACAAUGUUCUUCGACAACCCGCUCAAGGUUCGCACCUUGUGGUCUGUCCUGGUGGCUUAACGUGCUGUACGAGGGACAUGGAGCAGAAACUUUGGAGCUCGGCCAAGGAAAACUAUGAGCGAGCCAUGCGGUCGAUCGCUUCGCCGGUGCAAAAGACGUUCGGGAAUGGAGCAAAUAAAUUCGACAAUUUCUUCACGAGUCUGCUCGACGAAUCGAAAAUCAAGCUCAAUGCGCUCUUCGAGAAGACGUAUGGUGCCAUCUACUUGCAAAACUCGGAUGUUUUUGACGACUUCUUUGUCAAUCUGGAGAAGUACUACAAGCAUGGGGAUGUCGAUCUAGAGGAUGCACUGCAAGACUUUUUCUCCCGGCUCUACCAGCGAAUGUUCACGGUGUUCAAUGUGCAAAGCUCUUUCGAUUAUGUAUAUCUGAGUUGUGUGUCUCAAACCAUGAGAGAACUGCAACCCUUCGGAGAUGUCCCCAAGAAGCUCACCGAGCAACUCAGACGCAGUUUUGUCGCCACCCGCACCUUGACGCAAGCCUUGUUCAAAGGCACGGACAUCAUGAAAAAGAUAACCAAGAUCAAUCCCAAAGACACGUGUUCCAAUGCCUUGACCAAGAUGUCUUCGUGUGCACCUUGUCAAGGGAUUUUCUAUGUUCAACCCUGUGUCAACUAUUGCCAGAAUGUGAUACGAGGAUGCAUGGCCUACCAUUACGAGCUCAACCAGAGCUGGGAUGAGUUUGUUGACCAUAUCCAACAGCUCUCAGAUCGUUUGUUGGGUCCAUUCGAUAUUGAAGCCGUGGUUGCUCCCAUUGGAAUCAAGAUUUCCGAUGCCAUCAUGAACUUUAAAGCCUCGGGUCAUGAGGUCACGUCCAAGGUUGCGCAAGCCUGUGGCACAAUCAGGCUUCAAAAACGACAAGUUCAAUCCGGACUAGCCUAUGGAGUGUACGCCCGACCUAUGACUCUUCCCCCUUCGAUGGGUCAAAUCCCUGAGGAGAGUAGGCUGAAUCGAAUCCUCAAAGAGAUCCAGAACAAUUUGGAGGCGACCAAGCAGUUUUGGAAUCGCCUACCCAAUGAAAUGUGCCAAAAUGAUCUUAUUGGCUCGGGUAAACGCACCGCAUCCGGGGUGUGUUGGAACGGCAAAGAAGCCGGAAGCUAUGCGUUGCCUUUGGUGGGUGAAGGUCUUCUACCUCAAGCGAAAAAUCCAGAGGUGCCAGUGGAUGUGAGCCGACAAGAUAAUGACAUCAACGAGCAAAUCUUUGCCCUCCGACAGGUGACCAAGCAUCUCGAGGACGCGAUCAACGGGCAAAACGUGAAUUGGCUGCCGAGCACUCGAGGCAACAACGGACAGUCGGACGAGAGUCAACCGUAUCUGAAUCAGGAACACGAGGGCAGUGGGACCGGAUGCAAUCCCAAUAGCGAUGACGAGGACUGCUACGACUACGAAUCCUAUUUCUAUGACGAUGGGAGUGGGUCGGGGAGUGGUGAUUAUGAGGACUACCCAAUCAAUUCCAUCAAGAACCAUCAGUCCCCACAGGAGGGCUCAAACGAUGAAAAUUGGCCACCAUGGCUCAGAGAAAAAAGCCAACCCGACGACAGCACGUCCGAUGACAUCGAGAUCGAAAGCAAGUCCCAUGAGGAUGGCCGCGGCGGUCACAACAAUCAUCGGGAGGUCAAUGAAGCGGGCAGACGGCCUAAUGAUAAUCACCUGGACAAGAACUACUCGUCUGGGGGAGGAGACGUGUCUUUCCAUACGCUUCGCGGCUUAUUCUAUUACCUUGUGCCUUUAAUGACCUGCUGGGUCGGGAAUGCGGCCAUCUCGUGGUAGAUUGACCGCCGAGCGGUGUCGGACUUCCCAACCCCCAACAAAGAAUGACCACUGAAACCGGUGAAAUCCUCCAAGUCAGUAGCAGUAGCUCUGGAAGCUCCGGAAGCUCCGGAAGCUUUUGAGGCUCCUAUGAGUUCAAGCACGAACGGAGAUAACCCAACUCGUCGUCAAAUAUCGCUAUGGCUGUGUCCCUUUUUAAACAGAUUCUAAGAAUGAAUGAAGCAUCCAUUUUGCCAAAAUUUGUCGCCUAGUCAGAAGAACAAACAUUUCAUUCAACCCUGCAUUGCCCUGAAUGUGAAAACCAGUGAAGCCAGGCCAUCUGAGACCGAUUCAAAAUCGUCCUGAUACCUGUAUACAAUGAGCCAGACUCAUGCCCAACAUUGUACGACACAGGGUUGGGUUUCGAGUUGGCUGAAGCUAUUCCAAGAUCGACCUACCCUAUACCCUGUAUGUGGUGAUGAACAGCUUCAAGUCGAAGAACGAAAAAAUAAUCAUCAUCAAUGAACACAAAACGCGUCUGUGAUGUUUUAGCACGAAGGGAACCAUUGCCAAUCACUCUCGUAAAUUCAACCUUAGCACGAUGUUAUUCAUAAGGCGACGGGAUGCUGAGCUAAAAAUACGUUUCCUAUGAAAUAAAUAGAUUACAUACUACUCUAUG